GCUCCAGACGCCCGGCUCGGCCGCUCGCCCGCACGCUUCGCCCCGCUGCCCGCGAUCCGGAGCCCGCGGCGGCCCCGAGCUGCUGAAGCCGGGGAUGAAGAGAAGUCCGCGUCUCUCUGACUAUCUCUGGGCCUGGACCCUCUUUCUGAGCACCCUGACUGGAAGAAGCUAUGGACAGCCCUCGUUACAAGAUGAGCUUAAAGACAAUACCACUGUCUUCACCAGGAUUUUGGACCGACUCUUAGAUGGUUAUGACAAUCGCCUGAGACCAGGAUUGGGAGAACGCGUGACCGAGGUGAAGACUGACAUUUUCGUCACCAGCUUUGGACCUGUUUCCGACCAUGAUAUGGAGUACACGAUAGACGUGUUUUUCCGUCAAAGCUGGAAGGACGAGCGGCUCAAGUUCAAGGGACCCAUGACCGUCCUCCGCCUCAACAACCUCAUGGCCAGUAAGAUCUGGACCCCGGACACCUUCUUCCACAACGGGAAGAAGUCCGUGGCGCACAACAUGACCAUGCCCAACAAGCUGCUGCGGAUCACCGAGGACGGGACCCUGCUCUACACCAUGAGGCUGACGGUGCGAGCCGAGUGCCCGAUGCACCUGGAGGACUUCCCGAUGGACGCGCACGCCUGCCCGCUCAAGUUCGGAAGCUAUGCCUACACGAGAGCAGAAGUGGUCUAUGAGUGGACGAGAGAGCCCGCUCGCUCCGUGGUGGUGGCAGAAGAUGGGUCCCGCUUGAACCAGUAUGACCUUCUGGGACAGACAGUGGACUCUGGGAUUGUUCAGUCGAGCACAGGAGAAUAUGUCGUGAUGACAACUCACUUCCACUUGAAGAGGAAGAUCGGCUACUUUGUGAUUCAGACCUACUUGCCGUGCAUCAUGACGGUCAUCCUCUCCCAAGUCUCCUUCUGGCUCAACAGAGAGUCCGUGCCCGCGAGAACUGUCUUCGGAGUGACAACUGUGCUGACUAUGACGACUUUGAGCAUCAGUGCCAGGAACUCCCUCCCAAAGGUGGCCUACGCCACGGCCAUGGACUGGUUCAUCGCAGUGUGCUAUGCCUUCGUCUUCUCCGCUCUGAUCGAGUUCGCUACUGUCAACUAUUUCACCAAGAGGGGCUAUGCAUGGGACGGCAAAAGUGUGGUUCCAGAAAAGCCAAAGAAAGUGAAGGAUCCACUCAUUAAGAAAAACAACACAUAUGCUCCAACAGCAACCAGCUACACCCCUAAUUUGGCCAGGGGUGACCCUGGCUUAGCCACCAUUGCUAAAAGUGCAACGAUAGAGCCCAAAGAAGUGAAGCCUGAAACAAAACCCCCAGAACCCAAGAAAACCUUCAACAGCGUCAGCAAAAUCGACCGGCUGUCAAGAAUAGCCUUCCCGCUGUUAUUUGGAAUCUUUAACUUAGUCUACUGGGCUACGUAUUUAAACCGGGAGCCUCAGCUCAAGGCCCCCACCCCGCACAAGUAGGUCCUGUCAGUCACGUUCUGUUGUUCUGUCCUUCACACUGGGAAUUGCUUUCUGUUCAAAGCGCAGUGAUUCCUAUCUGCUUUAUUGCCUCUGUCUUAAAAAGAAUUUGAAGGUUUCCUUAUUUCCAUAACUCAUAUAAGAACAAGAGACCCCUGACUGGCAGUCCAGAGCAGAGCAGAAUAUAUAGUUCAGAGACAGGAAAGGAAGCGCGAGAGAGAAAUCAAGGGAGAAAAAUGAUGUCAGGAGACAGAUGUGACAGGAAGAGAGGGAAAGAAGUCCAAAGAGGAAAAGAGGAAGAAAAAAUAAAUAGAGCUUACCUAUAACACCUAAAUCAUUUGUAGAUAGAUUGCCAAAUAUUCUUUAAUAAAAGAUACUGUACAUGUCAAAAAUAUUUUUGUGUGGAGGUAUUUAAGAGGAUAAAUUAUAAAUGUUUAACGAAGAAAAUUCUAAAGCACCUAUGUCUUUCUUGCACAAGCGAUGGGGUGCUCUUGGUGUUGUUUUCUUUUUUUAAGCAGAUGUAGAGCUUUAACAUUUUGUUCCCAAACUGACAUACAAAAAUCUCUAAUGCAUUAUUUAGUUGUUAAAUGCUAUUUUAAAAUUCGUAGAAAUUUUGUAGGCAAGGUUGCCACUGUUGGAUGCAGAGUUCAUUUAAUCCAAUGCAGAGAAACACUUUGAAUAGACUGCUUUGCUACCAUAUCAAGUUUUGCUACUCUUCUCGAUAAAGAAUCAUCUUGAGACAUCUGAAUUAUUUAAUCAACUAGUUUUUAGAAAACACACCCUUUUUCCAUUCUACUUCCAGAUAGUAAAUUGAUUCAAUAAUCACUCUAUUCUUAUUACGAAGAUGUUUUUAGAGGGGCAAAAGUAUUUUGCAAGCUCUAGAAUUGUUGAAUGUAUUCUUUUAUAUAACUACAUUAAAAGCUUUAGAUUGAAAUUUAUGACUAGAACACGAAAAUACAAUAUAGAAAUUACAUUUGUAAAUAUUCAGCAUGGGACUGUACAUUUUUUUUUACUUUUUUAAAAGUUAUGUUCAUACGAUUUGCAUAGAAAUCACCACGGGUAGCUGUCAGAAUGUGGUUGAAAGCUAGGAGUAGACAUCGGAGCCUGUACUUUAAGACAGGACAGCAUGUCAGGAGUUGAGUAUGAAGUCCUCUUAUUAUACAAAAAAGAGCCUAAUUCCAGACUGGUGUUUGGUGUCCCAUAACACAUCAGUGGGUCUCUCCUCGAGUCCUGCCAUUCCACAUUUUCCUAUGUGAAGCUCUUGUACUAUAGAAAGAAAAUGGGAAGCCUUCGCUGGAGCUAGAAAAAAAAAUUCAACUGUAUAUUAUUGCUAUAUUUGCUGAUAUCAACUAUUUCAAUAAGUGCUGUACCAUAUGUAACAUUCACUAUAAAAUACAUGACAGAGUGUACAGGAAAUAGCUUUUAUUGGGUAAUCUUACUACAUUUCAUUUAUACUGUAGCAAUAUAUUUGUAGGCAUACUAUGUAAGGGCUUUAAAUUAAAGAGGUCCAUUAAGACUCCCUAUAAAAAUUCUAGUCUUUCAUUACUGCCCAGAUGUUUUAGAAAUAAAUAUUUAUGCAGAAGGUAUUUUUGGAGUCUCCUUUGUCAGAGUUUCACAGAUCUUUAAAUUUAGUGUUGAGAAUCUACAGGUCAUGGUGUCAACAUAUUUACAAUAAUAUGACAUACAACGUUCCGUAUCAUUGCCAAAUGACAGUUGAGAUUCCUAUCUUAGUUUUGAGCAAUGGUUUUCUCCAAAAGCUGCUAUCCAAUGAUGGAGUAAAAUAUAACUGUUUUCCUAAACAAACUCUGGUUUUCAUUUUUAGAUGUGUUUCACUGUUCGAUUUGGUCUUGCCUAAAUUUCAUGAGCUAGUCCAAUAAAGGCUGACCACGGACAUUCAUCCUCUGGUUUCAUCUGUAGAUACUAUGUAUAGAAAAUAAAAUAAAUGAUGGCUCUAACUUCUAUGUUGCUGUUUAUCUUGUUAUUUCUCGACGUUGAUCUAAUGUAUUUCUUGAGAGCAUUUUAUCUCCCAGACUCCUCCUGGCUAACCUUUGAUCUGUACUUUGCUCAUUAGAUGUGAAUAAUUCUUAGUCUGCUUUUCUGCUAUGCAAUGACUGCAUUCCUCCCAUUUCUUAGUUGUUAGUACAUGUGGGUAGCACUCUAUUGUAUAAACUGAUUGCACAGUUAUCAAAGACCAAUUAUUCUAUGUAGCUUUUUCUACAGUGCUUUGCUAAACCAUGUGAUGCUAGGUUAAGUCUUCCUUGAAAAUAAAGAUGCACUCUUAUAGAGGACAGUUCCUGUUUACUCCCAGGAUUCUUUUUUCCCAAAAGAUGACAGUGAAUGUUUAUUGCACCUUAGUGCAGUGAAGUGGCAAUAAAACCUAACAAGAGUCAA